CGAAAGGGGCGGCCCCAUUCGCUGAUGACUGACGUUGAAACAAACCAUUGGAAACGGGUCCUUUCGGGGACGAGGCGGGCCCAGAGGGCAGUUAAAUUUGCGCGGGAGCGGUCCUGGCGUAGUCAUGGCGGCUUUUCGUGACAUGGAAGAGGUGAGCCAAGGGCUGCUGAGCCUGCUGGGCACCAACCGUGCCGAAGCGCAGCAACGACGACUGCUUGGGCGCCACGAACAGGUGGUGGAGCGGCUUCUGGAAACGCAAGACGAAGCGGAGCAGAGACGGCGGGAGAUCCUGGCCAUGGAGAGGGAAGUGGCCCAGAACCUUCUUGAUGCAAAGGAGCAGGUGCAACAGGGCGGUGCCAGGCUGCAGCAGCUUGAGGCCGAGCUUCAGAAGAUCGGGGAGGAGGACACGCAUCUGACGGACAGCCUCCUCCAGCUCACCCGGGAACUGGAUGAGCUCAAGGAGAUCGAGACUGACCUGGAAAGAAAGGAGAGGGAAGUUGAUGAAGACACAACGGUCACCAUCCCAUCAGCAGUGUAUGUGGCUCACCUUUAUCACCGGAUUAGUAAAAUUGAAUGGGACUCUGAGUCGGAGCCAGGGAUGAUCAAAGGCAUCCAUCACGGCCCCAGCAUUGCCCUGCCCCUCCACCUGGACAGCACCCAGCACUCCAAGAAAUUCAUCAGCGACUAUCUCUGGAGCUUUGUGGACACAGAAUGGUAACCAGGAGCCUCUCGGACUGUCCUGCACAUGGGGAGUCAGCAUGGUGGGAGGUUGGUGGUGAGAUCAAUUUAAUAUUAAAUGUUUAUAUGUAAAUGGAUUUUUUUUCCUGGAUUUCGCCCUCUUCCCCAACUCCAAUUUCAGUCUAGAUGUUUUACCGGCCUUGGCUGGGUCAUUAUAGAGAACUGACUUACCUGUGCAGGCCUGUAACGUCACCUUAGUGACAAUACCUUCAAAUGACACCAUAGUACAUGGAGACAAAUUCCAGGUGUUUAUCUUUUUUUUUUUUAAGAUUUAUUUAUUUAUGCAUAGAACUGGGGCAUAGGCCAGAGGUACAGGUGGUGAGAGGAUUCACCAGAAACAGAGUGGGGAGCAGAACAGGUGGGUUUACUGAAAUACACUGCUGAGGGGAACAGCAGGUGAGACAGGAGAGGUCUGCUGUGCCAUAUGUGGGUUAGCUCCCUGGCUGGGGAUCGAACUUAGGCCACAGUGAUUAUAGCAUAAUAGCAUUGAGACUUAGCUCCUAUGACACCAGGGAGGACCCUAUUGUUUUUUAUUCAAAUUUGACUUUUUUUACUCAUUCAAGGCAUGUGUUUGAAUGUCACCGUGUGCCCAGAAAUGUACUCAUGGGUGGUGGAGGCGUCAAAGGUGAACUGGUGCCAGAGCCUUCCGCCACAGUGAGAUCUAGUGCAGCUGUGGAUGCACUGAGGAGCUAGGUGCCGUGAGCUGUGAACUAAGCAAAGUACAAAGCUGUGUGCCAAGUGUUACCUCAUUAAAACGAUAAGACACCAACCAAGGAAAUUUUCCCUGGGACUUAUGGGGGAGGCAGAAUAUAUAGAUAGUCCAUGCCCAGGUUUUCCUUGGGGGAUCCACUGUCCCCCCCUCCCAACUCUCAGUGCAUGUGACUUACAUAGGGGCUCAUCCCUGGCCCCAAGGUGGGUUUUGUGUCAGAACCGCUGGCUUCCUCCCUGAUAUACAUUCUCUCUCCUUUGUAAGGGAACCCUUUCAACGACUAGGUUAAAAGAUGAAUUUCCCAGCCUCCCUUGUAGUGAAGUUCAGGCCAAUGAAAUAUAAGCAGAAGUGUUAUAAAAGGGUCUAGGGACCUCCCUGGUGGCACAAGGGGUUACGACGCAACUUAUCAAGUUGUCCACAGCCUCUGCACUAUGAGUUGGAUACCCGGCUGGCCAGGGAGCUACCCUCAUUGCGCAGCAGACCUCUCAGGUCUCGCCCGCUGCUCCCCUCAGCAGUGUAUUUCAGUCUGCCUGUUCCGUUCCCCACUCUGUCUCUGGUGAAUCCACUCACCCCUCACCUCUGGCCAGUACCCCAGCUCUUGUAUGCAUAAAUAAAU